AUGUCGUCCCGGCUCACAACUCCCGUCUCGAAGUUCACGCGGUCCAUCAGCUCGACGGCCUCCACCUCUCGCCCGAGCAAUGUCCUAAACAACAGCAAGAACAAGCCGGCCGCCUCAGCCUCUGCCACAACCACCGCCGCCGGGACUAGGAAACGGCAGGCCCGGAAAGCCGCCGCUGAGGAGCCGGCCGCCGAGAUCGGAACACGCCACCACUCGACGCGCGCCGCGUCGCCGCACCGGCCCACGCCGCCCUCGGCAGCGCGCAAGAUGCCACUAAUGCAAGGCUUCCGCACGUCCGCGCCGCGCCCCGCCGCGCACGCAGACCGCACAAUGGACCUACUCUACCUUCCAAACCUACAAGCGCUCGCAAACGAAGAGACCAGCCGGCUGGCCGAGUUCGUGCACGUGCCGCUGCUGCCGGACAACACGUCGCCGCCGCCGGGGACGCGGCUGCCCGAGGCGCUGGACGCGCCGCUGGCAGCGCCGCAGAUCCUCGUCGUGGCGGCGAACCCGGACACGGUGCUCCCGGCCGCGCUGACGGAGGUCGAGGGCAUGGGCGUCGAUGGUGUCGAGCUGCGGUUUGCACAUCAUGGAGAGACAUCGGAUGCGGCGAGUGUUGACGUGCAGGGCGGCAUGCUACGCGAUCUGUGGAAGGGGCUGAUGGAUGAUGUUUUUGGCGGCCCUGGCGCGAGUGGU